AUGUUCCCUGGUUCCCAAGGCCCUCAGCCUGUCUCCGGGGAUGAGGGCCCCGUUCGGUUACAGGACGAGAUUAAUCUACGGCUCGAAGCUGAAAACAAUUUGUCUUCCUACAGACAGGAUGUUGACAAUGCUGCAUUAGUGCGCCUGGACCUGGAGCGGAAACUCGAGUCCCUGCAGGAGGAGAUCAACUUCCUGAGGAAAGUCCAUGAGGAGGAGCUGAGAGAGCUGCAGGAGCAGCUGGUGCAGCAGCAGGUCCACAUUGAGAUGGACAUGUCAAAACCGGACCUGACGGCGGCGCUGCGGGAGAUCCGCAUUCAGUACGAGUCCAUGGCCUCCAACAACAUGCACGAGACCGAGGAGUGGUACAAGUCCAAGUUUGCAGACCUGACGGACGCGGCAGCUCGGAACAUUGAAGCCCUGCGCCUGGCCAAGCAAGAAGCCAAUGAGUACCGGCGCCAGCUCCAGGCACUCACCUGCGACCUGGAGUCCCUGCGGGGAAUGAAUGAAUCCCUGGAGAGGCAGCUGCGGGAGUUGGAGGACCGCUAUGCCAUUGAGACAGCCAGUUGCCAGGACACAGUCAUCCGGCUGGAGGAGGACAUCCAGAACCUCAAGGAGGAGAUGGCUCGGCACCUCCAGGAAUACCAGGACCUGCUCAACGUCAAGCUGGCCUUGGACAUUGAGAUUGCCACCUACCGCAAGCUCCUGGAGGGAGAGGAAAGCAGGAUCACCAUCCCCGUGCAGACCUUCUCCAACCUGCAGAUCCGAGAGACCAGCCUGGAUACCAAGUCAGUGUCUGAGGCUCACUUGAAGAGGAACAUCGUGGUCAAAACUGUGGAGAGCGGAGAUGCAGAGGUGAUCAAGGAAUCCACCCAGGAGCACAAGGACUAAGGGGUCGGCAGAGGAAAGCACGUAGCUGUAGAUCACUAGCAGCGUAGAUCCCGCCUGACACUCAGCCCCUCCGACGUGGAAC